AUGAUGGAGCAAGACCAAGAGCUUCUAAUUCAGCUCGUGAGCGCACUUCGCGGUAGCAAUGAACGCCAUGUCUCUCACCUUGUGAAUAUGAUUCGGAGUCACGCUUCAUUGCAGGAAAUUCGCGAGUAUAUAACAGACCAUCUGAAACUGGGUACAAUCGAGGACACGUCCGAGAUGACGGAGUUUCGGCGUCAAAUUCACUUUCUUCUUGACGUAGAAGGACCAGCCUUUGAGCCACGGAAGGCACAGCAGGUCACUCACCCUCGUUGUUUCAACGUUCCCGCGAAGCCGUGGACGGUGAUCCAGUGCAACAGUGCGCUUGUUUCGGAGCUCGUUUCGCUGUGGUUUACUUGGAAUCAUCCCAUGUUUCCGUGUAUUGACCGCAGCCUCUUCGUGCGAGACAUGCGGGCAGGGAAUGUGGUGUGUCAGUACUGCUCACCCUUCUUGGUGAACGCCAUAUUAGCCGACGCUUGCGCACUACUGGAUGAUUCUCACUCCGAAAACGGAAGCUACAUGAACGACAGCUUUCAUUCCCUGGCUAAAUGCUUUUAUCAGCAAGCACAGAGGCUCCAUGAGGAGGAGGGGCGACUCAGCUUGACCACCCUUCAGGGAUUAGCCGUUCUAUGGAGAUGCACGUGUACGUUCGGUAACAGCCAUCUAGCUCGAGUGUACGAGGGCCGAAUAGUGGACGCGUUACGCAACUUCUCCACUUCUAGGACAUCUGCUUCGCCAAAACCCAGCGGGAAUGAGCAACAGUAUGACAAUGUUUGUAGCAUAGCACUUUGGGGGGUGUACAAUAUUCUUUUGGAAAAUCUGAUCACCUACCGGCGCCGGCCACUGAUUGGGGUUCCUCAAUGUGCGCGUCCGCUGGUGUUCCAUGUUGAGGGUCACGCGGGUGAGCAGUGGGCUCCAUAUCCGAAUGCCCAGCCAGCUACUACAAGCCAUGAAUCGUGCUUGAUCAACAGUCUCUGCAACUUGACUCUGAUCGUCAACGACAUAUGUCUAUUGCUCUCCCAGAGCUGGAAGUAUCUAUCGCCCGAGGCUGUAGAUCAAAGUGUCGAAGCCUCGUUCAAGCGCCUUGAAGAUUGGAAGGCCCAUGUACCGUCCUGCAUGCGGCUGAGUGAUACAGAAAGGUCUUCGCCGCAGGUCCUCGGCACCCACAUAUACUACCAUACAAUCAUGAUCUCACUGUACGGCUUUUCGCAGAAGUCCUUCGGAAGUGUACGAAUGAGCGAUGCUAGUACCCCCUCAAAUGCGAGAGCCCGAGCCAUGCGCCUUCACGCGGCACAGGAAGUAGCUCGGCUAGUUGAACUUCGUCGACGACUAUGGGGCUUGGACCGUAUUUCUGCGCCCCUCAGCCAGUGGAUAACGAUCUCGCUGCUCACUCUGCUGGAGGACCUGUCUACACCAGAAAGCAAAGAGGCGUUCGUCAGCCUCUGUGUGGCACUGCGUGUAUCAGCCCGACGAUGGGAGCAUUCGAAGGGUCUCCUCCGGCUUACGCAGCAUCUCGCACUUCAGUCAUGUUUGACUUUACCUCCGGAAACCAUUCCACUGUACAGGGACUUUCAGGAUUUGAAAUGGGGCCCAGAGGAUGAUGAGAGAUUUGGUGCACUGGCUCAGAGGUUUUGGAUCUGA